CUGUGACCUGACGUUCGUUCACCACAGCACAUAAAACAGCUCGUAUCUGUGGAUUCAAUUUCUUUCAUUUCUAAUCAGCUCUGUCGAGACCAUUAAGAUGACGUCUUAUACCGACAAAGGAGAAAAGCCAGAGAGAGGGAAAUUUGUAAAGUUUCAUCAUUUGACAUUCUGGGUUGGAAAUGCCAAACAGGCCUCAAUGUUUUACUGUGAUAAGUUUGGGUUUGAACCGCUGGCAUAUAAAGGUCUGGAGACGAACAGCAGAGAAGUCGUGUCUCAUGCUGUAAAACAGGACAAGAUAAUAUUUGUCUUUGCAUCAGCUCUGAGUCCUGGAAAUGAAGAAAUGGGUGAACAUCUUGUUAAACAUGGUGAUGGGGUGAAGGACAUUGCUUUUCAAGUGGAGGACUGUGACUUUUUAGUCAAGAAAGCCAAAGAGAGAGGAGCAGUGAUAGUCAGAGAGCCGUGGGUAGAGCAGGACUCUGGCGGCAAAGUUAAAUAUGCCAUUGUAAAAACAUACGGGGACACCACACACACAUUUGUUGAGUACAUGGGACCUUAUAAGGGUUUAUUUCUACCUGGAUACCAGGAGCCGCUGUUCAGAGACCCGCUGUUACCAAAACUUCCACCGGGACACCUCAACUUUAUCGAUCACAUUGUGGGAAACCAGCCAGAUGAUAAAAUGGUGCCAGUAUCGGACUGGUAUCAGAAGUGUAUGAUGUUCCACAGGUUCUGGUCCAUCGAUGAUAAACAAAUCCACACAGAAUUCAGCUCACUCAGAUCCAUCGUAGUUACAAAUUAUGAGGAAACCAUCAAGAUGCCCAUUAAUGAACCAGCUCCAGGGAAAAAGAAAUCACAAAUCCAGGAGUAUAUUGAUUACAACGGGGGUCCUGGAGUUCAGCACAUCGCCUUAAACACGUCCGACAUCAUUCAAGCCAUCGUGAACCUCAAAGCUCGAGGGACGGAGUUCCUGUGUGCACCUGACAGUUACUAUGACACCCUGAGACUGAAACUCAAGACAGCCAAGAUCAAAGUGAAGGAAGACCUCAAAACCCUGCAGGAGUUAAAAAUCUUAGUAGACUUUGACGAUAAGGGUUACCUGCUGCAGAUCUUCACCAAACCUGUGCAAGACAGACCGACCCUAUUUCUGGAGGUCAUCCAGAGACACAACCACUUCGGUUUUGGAGCUGGAAACUUCAAAUCUCUGUUUGAGGCCAUUGAAAAAGACCAGGAUGCCCGAGGAAACCUGACGGCCAUCACAGCAGAUGGUCCGGGCAACCCAAAGGCUUUCAACUGACACACACGAUAACCCCACAAACAUGCGACCGCAUGAGCACACAACAGUGCUUCACAUUAAAACAUCUCAUCUAUAUUGAAUAAAGAUCUCUAAUGUA